GAAGCUGCUAUCGACAAGCUUCUUCUUAACUAACGGCUUUACAUCUCUACGAUAUCUUGUAUUCCCCUUGGCCAGGCAGUCAAUCGCAUAUGAUCCGUCAACCUUGACGGCAUCGGCGACUUCGAACCGUCACCGUGGAUAUCUCCCUCCUUCUCAAGGCUCCAGACUCUAAUGAGUCUGAAUCAUCUUCGCCCACCCAUCGACACCAUACGCGCUCAGCGUCUAUCCCGUCAACCAGCGGGCAACAGCAAGAAGCCCCGUCCUAUGCCCUGGCCAGUAGCGGCGCCGGUGGCAGCAACAGCAAACGUAGCAUGCCUCCCCACCCUGCUGAGUCUCCAGCCAAGAAGCAGAGCAAAUGGUCUGCCGAAGAAGACUCUUUGAUCAUCGAGCUACGAGGUAGUGGGAUGAAGUGGGAAGAUAUUUCUAAGAGACUCCCAGGACGUAGCGCGAUUAGCUGUCGGCUUCACUACCAGAACUAUCUUGAGCGACGUAGCGAAUGGGACGAAGAGCGCAAGAACAAACUCGCAAGGCUCUAUGAGAGAUUUAAGCCAGAAAUGUGGUCUAAAGUAGCAGAAGAGAUGGCUGUUCCCUGGCGCGCAGCGGAAGCCAUGCACUGGCAACUCGGCGAGCAAGACAUGGCUCGUCGAGCUGGCGUAGUUCCUUUCUCAUUGUCAAGUGUAACUUUGGACGCUCCACCACCAGGUCACCGAUCCUCGCCUUCCCGGGGACACGCACAUAGCCAAUCCCAGUCAAGCUCUAUGAGUGCAUCGGCUUCUGGCUCUGGGUCUUCUGCGCAGCGCUUCAACAGGCCUGCUACUUCGCACAGUGGCUCUAGUACUGGGCGGGGAGGUGGGCAAGGGAGCGCAGGAACAGGCUCUGCUAGGACGAUCGCAGCAAGAAGAGAGAGCACCCCAAGGUCUGUUCUACCUGCGAGUCCAAGUGAUGGAAUUGCGUUGGCGGCUAUUGGAAGUGGAGGCAUGGGAAUGGGUAUGGGAAUGGGAAUGGGAAGAGGAGGACAGCUACUUCCCAGUGUAGCGGAGAUGACGACGGGGGUCAGUCCUUACAACACGCCAGCGUACGCCAUGAGUAUGCCGAUGUCUGGAGGAGGUUAUUCGAGCCCUGGGCCUCAACUUCCAGGCAUUGGAAUGAUGGGACCUGGCCCAGGAAUGAGUAGAGGGGAUGGGAAGAGGAGAGCAAGUCCGGACGCUGGACCAAGAGAGUCGACUAGGAGACGACAAUGACACGCCAGAGACUGUAAGGCAGGUGCAG